AUGAUGCAAACGCGGAACGCCGACCAAUGCGCCAAAAGAUGGCAACACGUGCUCGGGCCGGACCACAGACAUGAUCCCUGGACCCCUGAAGAGGAUAGAAUACUACAGGAAGCAGUUGCGAAAUAUGGCAACAACUGGAAGCAGAUUGGACUGUUGGAUCUGCCAGAUCGCUCAACCCAUGAUAUUAGAAAUCGGGCCCCAUCGAAUGACGACCCUUCCACUUCAACGCAAUAUCUCUCGGACGACAACGCAGACGACAACAGUUCGAGCGGCGAAGAAUCCGACUUGAGCUCUGAUGAUGCCGAAUUAGCCAACUUGAACGAGGACCAACACAUGAUGAUGGAAGUCGACGCCGCCCCGGCCCCACCAACACCCACACUGUCGGAAACCUUGGCAGAUGCGUCCAUCUUUUCCAACUGGGAAAUGGCCAGCCCGGCAACAAUGUUGACGCAGGUGCGGCCGCUGGAUGCAGACUCCCAUCCGUGGCUUUGGUUCUCGACUGAAUCAAGCUCCUCGGGACAAACUCCCGAUCAGCACCUCUCGCCGGAAAACCUGAGCCUGGCGUUUGAGAGUGGCCAGGACAUGGGUCACUUGAUGGGUGGCGCGGAGAUUCAAGUUGCUCCACAAAUUUCCCAAAACGAGAACCCUCAGAGUGCUGCUCCAGCAACGCAGCAGCCACCCCAACAAGACUACCGAGGACAGGCUGAAGCACCUGGAAGUGUCACUGUUCUCCUGAGGCAAGCUGACUCGCAGCUCGCACAGCAGGUUAUUGGCAAUCUGUUAAACCUCAAUGCAGACGUGGUAAUCCGUCUGCUCAAAGACUGA